UGCUUCUUCCUGACGUUUUACUGACGGACGUGGUCAUCAUAGACACUAUGGAUAUACUUUUUAGAAUAAGAGGAGGCUUGGAUUUUGCAUUUCAAUUAGCCACUACUGAUGACUCAUCCACAAAAGAGGCACUCAAAUACAUUUUCAAGGAUCUUUCAGCUAAACUGGCUUCUGAUAUGCUGGUAUUCAGGAUUUGUCAUAGCUCAGUAUAUUUGUGGCCAAACAGUGGGAUGAACUCCAUGGCAACUGAGCUUUCAGAUGACUCUGCCUGCAAGGAGAUACUACAGUUUAUUCAAUUUGAACAAGGGGGCACCAAGCAGAGAUUUUCAAAAAAGAAAGAUAAAAAGUUACAAGAGAUGCCAUCAAUAGUAAAUAUUGAUCUCAUGUUGGAAAUUACAACCUCAUUUGAGCCUUUGGCUCCAGUAAUUGAAAAGGAAAGCAAAGAGCAUCACUACAUUAGCAUGACAUUGCCGGUUGAUGUUGUGGUCUCUGUUUCUCCUGAAGAAACAUGGCGCAAUGUAAGAAACCUCCUAGUGAAUGCAAUUCACACGCAGCUAGCAGAUAUGGAAAGAUGCAUUUUGCAACAUAUGAGAGGCACAUCAGUUGUGGUGCCCGAACAAUUUCAUUUCAUGUUACCAGGAAAAAAGCAUCUAGUAACAGUUUCGUUUCCUGCAGGCAUUUCUGAUGAUCAGCUGGAGACUUACCGAAAGGAAUUACAUGGGCAAUUUAAUCUACCGCUUGAUAGGCCUUAUUUCCGAAGAAGUAAUGCCUAUCACUUUCCUGAUCAAUCUUUUAAAGAUGGGUAUCUCAGAAACCCACAUCUACAUCUCAAUCAACCUGGAAUAGAGUCUGGUAUGGUAUAUUUACUGUACGGCACGUAUAGUUAUCAUCAUUACAUGCAAGAUUGUAUUGAUGAUAAUGGAUGGGGCUGUGCUUAUCGAUCUCUACAGACUAUCUGUUCCUGGUUCAAGCAUCAAGGGUACACAGACAGAGGAAUACCUACACACAAGGAGAUACAACAGGCCCUUGUCAAUGUUGGAGACAAGCCACCCAACUUUGUUGGAUCGUGCCAAUGGAUUGGUUCUAUUGAAGUGCAACUUGUGCUGAGUCAGCUAUUAGGGAUAACUUCAAAAAUACUCUUUGUCAGCCAGGGAUCUGAACUGGCUUCUCAAGGAAGAGAACUUGCUAAUCAUUUCAAGAUUGAAGGAACACCAGUGAUGAUCGGUGGUGGAGUCUUGGCACACACUAUAUUAGGGGUGGCAUGGAAUGAGAUCACUGGGCACAUUAAAUUUUUGAUUCUGGAUCCACAUUACACUGGCGCUGAAGAUCUGCAUGUUAUAUUAGAAAAGGGCUGGUGUGGCUGGAAGGGUCCAGAUUUCUGGAACAAAGAUGCUUAUUAUAAUCUGUGUCUACCUCAGCGACCAAAAUGUAUUUGAAUACCUAUGUUGAAUUAUAAGUGUGAUAAACUAGUUGGUUUCUGUAUAUAUGAUGUAUUUGUAUUUAAUAUCAUGCUUCUUACAACCCCAUUGAAAUAAAAUUACUGCUCUAGUAUUUCAGAGCACAAAUUAUGUAUAGGAUUAUUUUUCAAAUAAAAUCUGAUUAUAUCCUAUUAAUGUUGAAUAGCUUUCUGCUUUUGUCAUCAAAUAUUAACAGCUCAUUUCUAUAUGUCUUUUGAAAGUGGCAUGCUC